UUCUCUUGCUUCCCCUUUCGGCCUCAGAUUUCAGCAGCGCCUGAAGAGAGAAGACACACACACAGAGAGUGGAACAUUAGGCAAUGCUAAGGCCACAUUUCCAACUGAAGACAAUCAGCUAGAACUGAAUUGGGCUUCAUCUUUGUACAGCUCAGACUUGGCCCCGGACGGCAUGCACCUGCUUGGACCCUUGCUCCUGCUCCUCGAAUACGUGGCUUUCUCUGAUUCAACCAAUUGGCAAGUCCAUCACCCGCCAGUGCUCUACGCCUGGGAGGGGGGCUGCGUCUGGAUCCCCUGCACCUACAUGAUCCCAGGAAAUGGAAUACUACUGGAAAAUCUGAUCGUGUAUCACAACUACACGUAUGAUAAGAACACAAAGGACUUCAGUGGGACUAUCCUCUCUAAUAUCACGGGGAUCUCUAAGAAAUCACAGACCCAGGAGCUUCCUGCUGGCGAUCCGCGGGUCCAGUUUCUGGGCAACAAUAGAUCCAACUGCACUCUACGCAUCCGCCCUGUGCAUGUCCAUGACAAUGGCCUGCUGGGGCUGAGGAUGAUGGCGAAAGCGGACAAAUGGAUGGAGAAUGUCACCCUCAACAUCUCCGAAACGGCUCCUCCGCCUUCUAUUGAGCUCCCUCCAGAAAUCCUUGAGUCCCGGAUGGCCAUCCUGAACUGCUCGGUGAACACAGCCUGCUUUGGCUACCACAUAGGACUGCAGUGGUCCCUGGAGGGGUCAGUCAUCAACUCCACAAAUCUGACCCCCACGAGCGUUGUCACCAAGAGCCAGCUGACGUUCCAGGCAGAGUGGACGCAUCACGGCAGGACAGUGACCUGCCAGCUCUGGGAUCACGAGAAGGGCCGGCUGCUGUCGGAGGCGUCUGCAGAGCUGAAUGUGAAGUACACACCCAAGUUGCACAUCGAGGUCACUCCCCAAGACGCCGUGGUCACCGAGGGGGAUCAGGUGACCAUGACAUGCCAGAUCAUUAGCAGCAACCCCACCUACCACACGUUUUCCUGGCUCAAGGAUGGGAAGCAGCUGGAUAAGCAAGAUGAGCUGAAGGAAGAGAGGCACAUCCUCACUCUGUCCGUGGUGACCAGGAACAUGAUCGGGCAGUACCAGUGCCAAGCCAGUAAUGCCCUGGGCAUCGGACAGUCAGAGAAAGUGAACCUCCAAGUACACUAUCCUCCAGAACCUCCCAAAGUUCAGAUCUUCCCUUCGAUCGUUAAGGAGGGAAAUUCAGUCCGACUGACGUGUCUGUCAUCAGCCAGCCCUCCUCCGACCAACUUCACCUGGUUUCGAGACGGUCAGGCUCUGCUGGGAGGGAACCAGAAUCUCCAGAUCACAAAAGCCUUCCUGAACCACUCUGGCUCUUACUCUUGUCAGGCAGAAAAUACCCUUGGUCAUGGGCUGAUCGGCCAGGAAGCCCAGCUGGAUGUGCAGUAUCCCGCCAAGGGGGUGAUGGCAGUGAUUCAGACCUCCUCGUGGAUUCGAGAAGGAGAUGACGUGACCCUGCGGUGCAAGUUCAAUUCCAGCAACCCCGCGGUGACCCACUAUAAAUGGAAACCCCAAGGCACCCAGGGGGGUUCCGAGGUGCUGACGAUCUCCAACAUUGCCUGGGACGCCAAGCCGGUGACCUGUGCGGCCUGUAACCAGUGGUGUUCGUGGGCCCGUGAUGUCGACCUGCAUGUUCAGUACGCCCCCCGAGAUGUCACAGUGCGGCUCAGCUCCAGUUCCGUGGUUCGUUCGGGGCAGCAGCUCCUGCUGAGCUGCAACUACUCCAGUAGCCGCCCGGCGGCCGUGCACAUCCGCUGGAGGAAGGACGGGACCCAGCUGCGGGAGGGCCGGGAGCUGCGCUUCCCUGCCAUCCUGCCGGAAGAUGCCGGAACGUACCACUGCGAGGUUAACAACACCAUUGGCCAGACACAGUCCCAGGCGCAGGUGGUCUCUGUGCUGUAUCCGCCCCGGAAGCUCCGCGUGUCCUUCAGCCCGCAGGAUGGCGUGGUAGAAGGGACGAGGGCCAUGCUCAGCUGUGAGGGCGAUGCCAAUCCCCCAAUCAGGUCCUACUCCUGGUUCGACGGGAACAACCAGGAACUGCACCACUACGGGCAGACGCUGAGACUGGAUCCUGUGAAGAUCCAGCACUCAGGAACCUACUGGUGCCGGGGGGCCAACGGGCUGGGCAUGGGCCAGUCACCCCCGACCCUCCUCACGGUCUACUACAGUUCAGAGACCAUCGCCAGGCGAACGGCCCUGGGGCUGUCGGUCAGCCUGACCAUCCUCUUCCUGGUCGUAUGUGGAGUCAAGUUCCAGCUAAGCCGGAAGAGGAUUCGGAGCCAGCAGGACCUGCAGGAAAACUCCAGCGGGCGGAGCUUCUUUGUGAGAAAUAAAAAGGUCAGAAGCCCCCCGCUCGUUGAGAGCACCCCUUUCCAAGGCUGCUACAAUCCGGUGAUGGAGGAUGCCACCAGCUAUGCCAUCUUGAGUUUUCCCGACACCCCAAGAAACGAGGGGACGUCCGAGGCACAGCGGCCUUCCCCGCACUGGGGGGACUCGGUCACCUACUCGGUAGUGCAGAAGCAGAAGCGUCCAGUGGGCGACUACGAGAACGUGAACGUGGCCCCAGGAACUCCGGAAGACGAGGGGAUCCACUACUCAGAGCUGGUUCAGUUUGGGCAUGGGGCGCGCUCUCCGGCCCCUGACCCGGUGGAAUAUGUGACACUCAAGCACUGAUGCGACAGACGGGGUGGCUGAGGUGGGAGCCGGCCCAGGCCCUGCCACUGGACUGCUGGGUCACAGGACGCCUCCCCCGCCCCUCCCCUACCCGGGUCCCACCCUGAGUUCUUAAUACCUUCUGGGCAGAGAGCUGAAGCCUGUCCCAGUGCCUAUGUUCCUUCCCGGUACUGGCCACCGAAGGCCUGUCCCUCGUCCUCCCUGCCCAGGAUGCACUAAGGAUCCAGCAUGUGCAAGAGCCCUGCGUGACGCUCCCCUCCCCCCCAACCUCAACCCCCUCCAACCUGCUUCCCCCCCUUCUCACUAAUCAUAGGUUCCCAAGAUGCCCCUGGGGCCAAACCCAGGUGGAAAAGGGUGGGGUGGGGUGGAAGGAAGCCGGAGUCUGCACUCAUUUCUGGGC